GUUUCUUGUUUUCAGGUUGGAAGACUAACUUUAACCUCACUUUAGGGAGGAGAGAGGAAGCUGGAUAUAGCCACCAAACGAUAGUGGUGAUGGAGGACAACCCAGUGGUGGUGGAAUCAGCCACUUAUCUGUUUCUGAGGGAUCCCUCUGUGUCAACACUCCUGAGGUACCAUGAGGGGGCGCUGCAGGUCCUGCGAGGAAGCUCAAGGCCCUCUGGAGGAAAUCACAAUAUUGUGCUGGUGGGCCAUGGCAGCCAGGGCCCCAUGGAAACUUCAAAGCUGGCUGGUUAUGGGCCAGAGGAUAUUGCCAAAUUUGUCACUACCUUAAAAGCUGAAAUCAUCUCUGGUGACGUCGGUACAGUCAGCCUUAUUAGCUGCAGCCUUGGAAAUGACGAGCACUUCAUGCUGAAGCUGUUGCAGGUCCUUCACUCUGCUGGAGUGAAAACAAAGCUGCUUCUGCACACUAGCCUCCUCUCGGUAAACUCUGAUGGGGAGAUAGUGACUGCUACUGGCAGCGGCUGGAGGGCCCAUGACCACACCAGCACAGUCACAGCUGAGCUUUUUGAGAACGGUAAACUUCGGACAGUGAAAGAGCUCGGCUGUACAGGUCCCAUCCUUUCAGAUUAUAAAGGAAAAGCUUUGUACCUGCAGAUGCUGGAGUGGCCGAGCCAUCCACAAAUGUUUGUCCCAGCAGAACUGCGACACAAGUACCCCUCUAUCGACUGUCUGGAGGGUCUUACUUGGAGCUUGUUCUUUGAGGAGACAGAGAAAAGGCGAGCUCCAGAUUACACCCCAGACCACGAUCUAGUGAAAGCAGUUUGGCUUAAAGAGAUAGAGGCAAAUACUGUUGUUCCCAAGCAUAUCAACAAUAUACUGGACCUGCUGGUAGAGAUCAGGUACAAUGCCAGGGAGGAAGUCACCGAAGACCUGUACUAUGUUCUCAAUGACUGUAUUUACAAAGUGCAAAGGAGUAACCUUUCCAUCAGCCUGGUGGGAAAGUUCAUGAGAACGGACAAGGAAGGCGAAGUCGAGGAGUUCCUUCGCAGUUUCAGCAAUGAGGCAGAUGAGUCGUCCCUGCUGGAGCUACAGCAGGGUCUCAAAGCAUCUAAGUUCACUGAUUUCUGUCGCCAGACAUUUCAGCUUCACCACUGCAUCUUCAAUUGCGAGCGAUGGGGCCAAUAUUUCAUGGCUGCAGUGUUUUCAGCGUCUGUGCGCAACUUCCGAACCUUCUCCCUUUUUCUCAUGAGUGUCAUUGGCUGUGAAGUAGGGCGCUCUCACGGGUCUGACAGCCCAUUGUGCACGGCUUUUAUGGGAGAGAACCAUCCCAUGGUGACCAAAGAACCAUGGCCUGAGAACAUCAGACGAGGGUUCUACGGCUGCACUGUUGACAACUAUGAAAUGGCGCCCCAAAAGAUGUGGCUGGAACAAGUGGUUGCCAAAGAAAAUGCUCUGUACUUUAGAUCAAGGGAGGUCAUGAACGCCCUCCAUUACGACGAGCAAACAGAGCUGGACAUCUUUGGGAGAGUCAAAGUCAUGAAUAAGUACGUGUUCUCAUCGUAUAUUGAAUAUUUUCGAGGCACACCUGAAGGAAAGAAACUUAAGAGAGGAUGUACGACUUCACUCCAUAAGAGAUGAAAUCCACACUCCUAUGAUUGGAAACCAUUUUUUACGUUCACUAUUUAAAAAAAGAGUGAAAAAGUUGGGUAGUAAUCAUCAGUUACUAUCAAUGAAUAAGUAAACCUGGAAAGUUUAACGUUGUUUUUCUGUAUUUGUUAAGCAUUAUGCAAUGAAUCUCUACUUUCCUAAAAUGUGCUUGCUUUUCCAAACAAAUAAAAUUUUAAA